AGACAUGUCGGUUAUAUAGAGAAAACCCUUUAAAUACAACUCGCCCGCAUCGAAAACCCUAACCCCAAAAUCCACACGCACAGAGCGCAGCCUCUCUCCCAUUCACAGCAGUAGGCAAAGAAGAAGAAUAUCUAACAAUCAUGGGCAAGGUACACGGAUCGCUGGCUCGUGCAGGGAAGGUGAGAGGUCAAACCCCAAAAGUGGCCAAGCAAGAUAAGAAGAAGAAGCCUAGAGGCCGUGCCCACAAGCGCAUGCAGUACAAUCGCCGCUUUGUCACCGCCGUUGUUGGAUUUGGGAAGAAGCGUGGACCAAACUCUUCUGAGAAGUAAGCAUGCACCUGAGGGAGUUUUUGCUAUAUAGACUGCUUAAGUUUCCUGGACAACUGUAUUUGGAUGCUUAGAUUUACAUUAUCGGUUGUCAUUUCUAGUAGUUCCAUUUUGUUUUAGCAGCAAUGUUAUUGUCUUAAAGGAGUGAAUCUGUUGGAUCUUUCUUUGUUUGAAGAGUUCUUUUGGUUGCAUUAAUUUGAAAACAUAAUAUCUUCAUUCC